GACAAAUACUCCUCCACUACUCGUACCCAGCCAGCAAUAGUUAUACGCAACCACGCGGAGAGCUCCAAUCCACCAGCACGUCGUCGAGGUCGUAUCGCCCUCUCAGCCCGCCGUAUACCCUUGAGCGAGCUUGAGUCCAAGCUGCGUGCAGUAAGAGGGGCGACGAACGGUGGGUGGUGAGGUGAUCGAGGAUGAGCAGGAACGGCGGCAAGGUGUCGAAGCUGGAGAGCCUGAGGCUGAGCCUGUCGAGGGCGCGGGGCGGCGGCGGGCAGUCGUCGACGUCGACGACCACGGCGCCGCCGGGCGGAGGCGGGGCAAACGGCGCCAUCAGUACGUCGCCGCGGCGGCUGUCCUCCUCGUCGUCCUCCACCGCGUCGCCUCCGAGCUCGUGCGUGUCGUCGGAGGGCAGCCCGGACGCGGCGGCCGGCGCGCCCAUGGUCCUGGCGGGCUGCCCACGGUGCAUGAUGUACGUGAUGCUGUCCCGGGAGGAUCCGCGGUGCCCCCGCUGCCACAGCGCCGUGCUGCUCGACUUCAACGACGAUCAGCACCGCCGCCCACGCCAGCGCCGGUGAAAUCGCCGCCGAUCUCAGCUCGUUCCUUCAAGUCGUCUCGUAGUAGCUUCGCCAUUCGUGAUCGAGUUAGUUUUGUUGACUUCUCGGAGAGAAUUAAAAAGAGAGUGACGCCUAGCUAGUUUGUUGGCUCGAAGUCGCAGGCCGAUCAAAAGGAAUUAUUUCAUAGACCUGUUCUUCCACGCCGGCCGUGUCCACCGUCGGUCGAUGAAGCUGUGUCUAGGCAAUAAUUUCGUGUGUUUAGCGCGUGCGCGUCCAUGUAAUUGUACUCUAUUUGCUGGUCUGCUGAGAAUUACUGCGCGAAAGUGCAAAGAUUUAAGUCUACUCUGUCAAGAACAUUUGAAAAUUGAAGUAGUAAUGCUCCUGUCCCUUGUCCUGCCAUAUCGACAUAAAUAAAGUGGUAUGCUGAAGCAA